AUGAAUAAAUUUCUCGAAAACAAUGAAUGGGCUCGUGAUUCAUCGUUCAAUCACUUCUGGCGGCAUUAUGACAUCUCUAAACGGUGGUUACAACAUCAUGCUGAAGCGACUCAACACUUACACACACGAAGACACUCUUUUCAUAAGCCAUCGACAGAGUGCGAGUUCAGCAAUGCUCCCGAACCUGAAGUUAUUGAAGAAAGGUUAUCCCGAUGUGAGAUUCGAAACGAAGACGCCGGUGAAAUAGAAGUAGAAGAUAUGAGCGAAGAAAUGAAAGAAUUUUUUGCAAAAACUCAUGAUCAUCGGCGGAAGUUGAAAGAGAAAAGAGAUGCUGCAGAAAAGAAGAAAGAAGAUGACGCGAAAAAAGGAAACCAGAACGAAUAUAUCAAUGUCGAACAAAUUAACGUCCGUGGACGAGUCGAAAAAUCAGCCGAUCAUCGCAAUGCUAAUGUGGAGUUCAUAGAAAAGCGGGAAAAGGCGAAGAAAGAUUAUGGAAUUGCGGCGACGAAGAUUCUGUCGAUGGAGAGUUCAAUAGAAAUGCAGUUCGAAACUGAAUACGCUUCAAAUCCUAAACUCUGGCCAAAUAUUCCAUUAAGAUUCUAG